UCAUUUAAAUAAAGCAAUAUACAGCGCAUACCUUCAAUUUGAACGAAUGUUUAUGGAAGGAUUUAAUGCUAUGAUACGUUCACAUGUGAACUUCGAGACGUAUGACGAUAACAGUAAUUAUUGUGAAGAGAAAAAUGCGAUCAAUCUACCGAUUAAAACAGCUACAAUCGAACACGUAAAUACUGUGAAUUCUAACGGAAACAAAGUCAAAAUUAAAAAAAUAGAUUUUAAAUGCACCAUAUGCUCUAAAAAAUUCAGAAAGGACAAAGACUGUUUGAAACAUGAGCGUUGGGAACAUGACAUUAAAAGAUCAAAAAAGGGCUUAAACGAUAAAGUUGAGGAUAUUAUUGCCUAUAUAAAAUCGAACGAACAACAAUUAUUGCAAAAGGAGUUACUAAAUGCUCUACAUAACUGUGAACCAGGGCAAGAGUUAUGCAGUAUUUUUAAACAACACAAAAUGAAUGACGAGACCUUAAGUUCGGUUUACAAGCGCAUUGAAGCGUGCUUGAAAGAUGAACUACGGCCGUUAAAAGGAGUAGAACUACAUCCUUUCGGGUCCAUAGCAAGUGGCUUAGCUUUAAGAGACAGUGACAUUGAUUUGUAUAUUGAGCUUCUCGACAACGCCCAAACAACCGGGAAUCCAACAAAGCAGGCAUUUAAUCGCAUCAAUAUUAUUUUACAACGCAGCAACUACUUCAGUGAAGUUAUUCCGAUACGACAAGCGCGUGUGCCGAUUAUAAAAUGCAAGCACAGUCCCACUGGGUUUAGGCUGGACAUAAAUCUAUCAUGUUCCAGUGGUGUACACAAUACCAAAUUUGUGCGAGAACUUCUGCAAUUCGACAACAGAAUUCAUGAGUUAAUUAUGUUCCUUAAAAUAUGGGCUAAGCAGUUACAAUUGAUUGGUCGAGGGAAUAUGACCAGCCACUGCCUUAUUACAUUGGUAUUAUUUUAUUUACAACAACCACAAUCGAAACAACUGCCUUUGCUGCCAGCAGUUAAAGAUCUCCAAGAAAAUGUUCCUGAAAAUAUGAUAAUGGGUGUGAAUUAUGCAUAUCAACUUCAAGAAAAAAUAUCUCAGAUACCCCAGGAAUUGAGCACAUCAAAACUAAUUGAAGGCUUUUUUAAGUAUUAUCGCUGCUUUGAAUUCGAAAAAAUACUUAUAUCACCAUAUUUGGGGAAAGCGCUACCCAUUGAUAAGUUUAAAAAAGGUCUAUUUAAGUUUCCAGCUUAUGAUGCUCAGCAAUGCGAUGUGGUCGCCGUGAGAAACGAACCUGCACAACAGAUUCAGGUUGAUCGUUGUGUUUGUGUACAGGAUGCGUUUGUUCUAAGCCAUAAUGUUGGCAAAGCGAUAUCUCGUCUCCAUUUGGAAUAUUUUCGAAAAUGCCUGAACCUUGCUUGUGAUGUAUACGAAGAUGUAGCGAUUUCAACAGAUGCUCAACGAUAUGAGGCACUACUUUAUGGCAUUUUUGAACGGGUAGCUAAAUCGGUGAAUAUAAAAUGCGAUUUCCCAAGAUAAAUUCUGGACUA